GGGGCAAGACGCACACAUUUAUAUAUGGCUUAUUUUGGUUAUAAAAACAUAAUUUCUUUUGACUGGACACCGAGUAGGUAGCGUUGCUCUCUCUUCCUUUUCUUUCUUUCUUUCUUCUACUUGAGCAGGCCAGCCAGCUAGUCCUGUUUGAAUUCAGGGAAAGAGAUUAGGAGGAAAUGGCCGUGGGAGGUUUCGCCGUUAACGAGCCUGUCAAUGGAUUCAACGGCAAGAUAACAGUGUCAGUGGUGGUUACUUGCAUCGUAGCUGCAUCGAGUGGACUCAUUUUUGGCUACGACAUCGGAAUUUCAGGAGGUGUAACGACAAUGGCACCAUUUCUGAAGAAAUUCUUCCCAUCAGUACUGAGGAAGCAAUCAGAGGCCAAAACAAACAUGUAUUGCAUAUAUGAUAGCCAGGUUUUAACAGCAUUCACAUCAUCGCUAUACAUAGCAGGCUUAGCUGCUUCACUUGUAGCUAGUCGCCUCACCGCAGCAUUGGGCCGCAAGAACACCAUGGUGCUAGGUGGCUGCACUUUCCUUGCAGGCGCCGCCAUCAACGGUGGUGCUGCCAACAUCUCCAUGCUCAUCGUGGGCCGCAUCUUGCUUGGUUUUGGAGUUGGCUUCACCAACCAGGCAACUCCUGUUUACCUCUCAGAGGUAGCACCACCGAAAUGGCGGGGGGCAUUCAACACAGGCUUCCAGUUUUUCAUAGGCAUUGGGGUAGUAUCAGCCAACUGCAUAAAUUUUGGCACGGCUAAGCACACCUGGGGUUGGCGUCUCUCCCUUGGCCUUGCCAUCGUACCUGCAGCUAUAAUGACAAUGGGUGCACUCCUUAUCUCCGACACCCCUACUAGCCUGGUGGAGCGUGGCAAGCUUGAGCAAGCUCGAAAAUCUCUCAUCAAAGUCCGAGGAAGUGACACUAAUGUGGAUGCUGAGCUUGCUGAGCUUAUUAAAUCCAGUGAAGCGGGCAAAGCUGCUCAAGCAGAACCUUUUGUAACCAUAUUUGAGAGGCAGUAUAAGCCUCACCUAGUGAUGUCAAUUGCUAUACCUUUUUUCCAACAACUGACUGGGAUUAACAUAAUUGCAUUUUAUGCCCCUGUUCUUUUUCAAUCAGUUGGAUUUGGUAAUGAUUCAGCUUUAAUUGCAGCCAUAAUUCUGGGAUUAGUUAAUCUGGGUUCAAUCCUGGUGUCUACGGGCGUGGUCGAUCGAUACGGUCGAAGAUUCUUGUUCAUUGUUGGAGGGACUCAGAUGUUCAUCUGUCAGGUUGCAGUAGCUUGCGUGCUGGCGGCAACAACAGGGGUUUCAGGCACCAAACACAUCUACAAGGGCUAUGCCAUAUUAGUACUGGUUUUAAUGUGCAUCUACGCUGCUGGUUUUGGUUGGUCUUGGGGGCCUCUAAGCUGGCUGAUUCCAAGUGAAAUAUUCCCUAUGAAAAUUCGUCCCACAGGCCAAAGCAUAAGCGUAGCUGUAAAUUUCGCUACCACAUUUGUGCUCUCACAAACAUUCUUAACCAUGCUAUGUCACUUCAAAUAUGGAACUUUCCUGUUCUAUGCUGGUUGGAUUGCCAUGAUGACCAUAUUUGUUGUACUUUUCUUGCCGGAGACGAAGGGAAUUCCUUUGGAUUCCAUGUAUUCGGUGUGGGAGCGGCACUGGUACUGGCGCAGGUUCGUUCAAGGGCAGGUGUAGGCAAAAUCUUGCUGAACAAAUAUGAAAAUUAUCUGGUUCUAAUUAGCUGGGUACUAUUUUAUAAACAGCAAGUUUAUAAAGGUGCAAUAGAAUGACAAAUUUUAAAGCAUUUUA